AUGUCUUCUCACAAGACUUUGAGGAUCAAGUGGUUCUUGGCCAAGAAGCAAAAGCAGAAUCGUCCCAUCCCUCAAUGGAUUCAGAUGAAAACUGGUGGUAAAAUCAGGUACAACUCAAAGAGAAGACAUUGAAGAAGAACCAAGCCGGGUCUCUAAGGAGCCUCCACAUGUGAGGUGGCGCACAUAUUGAUGCUGUG